ACAAAACCAUGGAAGUUGAAAUUCCUGUUGUGAUUGUAGGUGCUGGGCCUGGUGGCUUAGCAACCUCAGCAUGUCUUAACAAACAUUCAAUCUCAAACAUUAUCUUAGAGAAAGAUGAUUGUCAUGCAUCUCUUUGGAGGAAAAGAGCCUAUGACCGUUUGAAACUUCACUUGGGCAAAGAUUUUUGUAACCUACCUCACAUGCCUUUCCCAUCUGAUUUCCCAACCUUUGUCCCUAGGGUUGAUUUCCUUCGUUAUUUGGACGAUUAUGUGACUCAUAUGAAGAUCUGCAUCCGGUACAACCGGUAUGUCAAUGAUGCUUCUUUUGAUGCCACUAAUGGGAAAUGGAGGGUUUGUGUGCAUGAUACUACAUUGAAUCUUGAUGAAAUUUAUGUUGCUGAUUAUCUAGUUGUUGCAACUGGAGAAAACUGUGAUCCUUACAUUCCCAUGAUAAAUGGGCUUGAAAGCUUUGAAGGUGAAUACCUUCAUUGCAGCAAAUAUCUGAAUGGAAGGCCAUGGUAUGAUAAAAAUGUCUUGGUUGUUGGUAGUGGAAAUUUUGGCAUGGAGAUCGCUUAUGAUGUCUCUACUUGGGGUGCAAAUACCUCCAUGGUUAUAAGAAGUCCCGUACAUUAUCUUACAAAGGAAAUGGUGUACAUUGGAAUGUCUUUGCUGAAAUACAUAAGUAUUGAAAAGAUCGACAAGCUCAUGGUGUUUAUGAGCAAAAUGGUGUACGGAGAUAUGUCUAAGUACGGCUUGGUAAGACCAAAGGAUGGACCCUUUGCCAUGAAAAAGAAGGGUGGUCGUACGCCUACCAUUGAUGUUGGUUGCGUCAAACAGAUCAAGAAAGGCAAAGUUAAGAAAAUUCAGAUCCAUUGA